AUGAGACUGUUAGUUUGUCUGCUCUGUUGCCUGCACCGCCAAUAUGCGACAGCUGAAAUUAGAGGCAGCGUCUUGGUCAACAAAUUCCAGCAUUCACUACAUACACUGUACUGGUGGCUCAUCAAAGUGCAACCGGUUGGGAAGACUGUGGAGAAGAGCUUCGUACCGCUGACAGAGAUCCCGCUGCCGCGUAUCAAGGCGCCACAUGGCCGCCGGCACAUGGAGGAUGAAUGCACGAAGAAACCCGGCUGGAUGGAGGUGCACGAUGGACCCCGCAUAGACAUAGUCGGUGAUUACUAUGACGAGGAUGCGGCGAAGACCGUAGCGACAGUGAUCAUACCCGAUCACAUCGAUUCUAAACACUUCGAAGUGACCACUCAAGUCCCGUACUUGACGGUCGGCCAUAUCGAAGCGAUCGGCUACCAUCCGAGCACGGUCAGGAGCGAGCAUCCGAGCGAAUGCGAGAAGAUCUACCAGGAUCACUUGGAAGAGCUGUACUCGGAUGAAUCAGCGGACUACUCCGAGGAGUCGCUGGAGAUGGCCAGAAUGCCACUCUUCCCGGGUGGUUCACCCCUUGCUGCCGAUGAUAGAGGACUGGACCACAUAUAUAGCGAUUUGGAC